CCCUCUGGCAUGCCUGCAGCCUUAUUUAUUACACACCAAAGUAUAAAAGAGCCCAGCCGGCGGCAGCUCGCCUCUCCAGCCGUGGCAUUUGCCUGAGAAGCCCCGCCGUGCUCUCCAGGAGGCUCUGGGGCUCUGUUGAGAAUCAUGCUUGGGAGGCAGCUCGUCUCUUGGCACCUGCUGGCUUUGCUUUUCCUCCCAUUUUGCCUCUGUCAAGAUGAAUACAUGGAGGUGAGCGGAAGAGCUAAUAAAGUAGUGGCGAGAAUAGUGCAAAGCCACCAGCAGACUGGCCGUAGCGGCUCCAGGAGGGAGAAAGUGAGAGAGCGGAGCCAUCCUAAAACUGGGACUGUGGAUAAUAACCCUUCUACAGACCUAAAACCCCUGAGACCAGAUGAGCUACCACACCCCGAGUCUCCACAAACCGGAGGACUGCCCCCAGACUGCAGCAAGUGUUGCCAUGGAGAAUACAGCUUCAGAGGCUACCAAGGUCCCCCGGGGCCCCCUGGCCCCCCUGGCAUUCCAGGAAACCAUGGGAACAAUGGCAAUAAUGGAGCCACUGGCCAUGAAGGGGCCAAAGGUGAGAAAGGAGACAAAGGUGACCUGGGGCCACGAGGCGAAAGAGGGCAGCAUGGCCCCAAGGGAGAAAAGGGCUACCCGGGGAUUCCGCCAGAACUGCAGAUUGCAUUCAUGGCUUCUCUGGCAACCCACUUCAGCAAUCAGAACAGCGGGAUUAUCUUCAGCAGCGUGGAGACGAACAUUGGAAACUUCUUUGAUGUUAUGACUGGUAGAUUCGGGGCCCCAGUAUCAGGUGUGUAUUUCUUCACCUUCAGCAUGAUGAAGCAUGAGGAUGUUGAAGAAGUGUAUGUGUACCUCAUGCACAAUGGCAAUACAGUGUUCAGCAUGUACAGCUAUGAAACAAAGGGGAAGUCAGAUACGUCCAGCAACCAUGCAGUACUGAAGCUGGCUAAAGGGGAUGAGGUUUGGCUGAGAAUGGGCAAUGGUGCUCUUCAUGGGGACCACCAGCGCUUCUCUACCUUUGCAGGCUUCCUGCUCUUUGAAACCAAGUAAAUAUAUGGAUAGACCAGCUCCACUUUUGGGAAGAUUUAUGGCUGCACUGGUAUUGUUAUGAUCUGAGGGACACUAGAGUUGAGGGUUCUACUCAGGAGCUCAGAAGAAGAAUCCACAAAACAGUUCUCCUCAAGUGACCUUGACUAAUAUACUUGGCAUGUUUACUCUUCCCCAGGCACCUAAAAAAGAAUUCCCUUCUUGAUACAGGUUGGAAAUAAUUGUUUCCAUCAAAGAAGUCAUUUGCAAAGAAUUUGGCUGCUCUGUUUUUAAUUUAAUAGCAACUUUCAGGAAUUCCUGAGGUUUGUGGUUCAUCAUUCUUUAAAACAUUUCAGAGACCAGGGUGCAGUGAUUAUGAUGGGGCCCAGG